GAACGCACCAGCUCCCCUGUAAAGUGGGCCGGAAACCCCGUAGUCGGCCCGAGCCGCAGCCGCCAUUCGUUUGUUGGUCGCCGCAAAAUCCAAAAUGGCAGGAGCCGACGGAGACGAUUCGCUCUACCCUAUCGCCGUUCUCAUUGACGAAUUGAGGAACGAAGAUGUUCAGUUGCGACUGAACAGCAUCAAGAAGUUGUCCACUAUUGCACUGGCUCUCGGUGUGGAGCGGACUCGUACUGAACUGCUUCCUUUCCUCACAGACACCAUCUACGAUGAAGAUGAGGUGCUCUUGGCCUUGGCUGAGCAGCUGGGCAAUUUCACCAUGUUGGUGGGAGGCCCAGAGUAUGUCCACUGUCUCCUGCCUCCCCUCGAGAGCUUAGCAACAGUGGAGGAGACCGUUGUCCGAGACAAAGCAGUGGAGUCUCUCCGUAAGAUUUCUCAGGAGCAUUCUCCAGUGGACCUGGAGGUCCAUUUUGAGCCCUUGGUCAAGCGUCUGUCCUGCGGUGACUGGUUCACCUCUCGCACAUCUGCCUGCGGGCUCUUUAGCGUCUGUUAUCCUCGCGUCUCCAGCACUGUCAAGGCUGAGAUACGCCAGCAUUUCCGCACCCUGUGUUCAGAUGACACCCCUAUGGUCCGCCGCGCUGCCGCUUCCAAACUGGGCGAGUUUGCCCGAGUUUUGGAGCUGGAUUAUGUUAGAAGUGACAUCAUCUCCCUCUUUACGGCUCUGGCCUCCGAUGAGCAGGACUCUGUGCGGUUGCUGGCAGUGGAGGCAUGCGUCAGUAUUGCUACUCUGCUGCCUCAGGAGGACCUGGAGACCCUGGUCAUGCCCACCCUGCGACAAGCCGCCGAGGACAAAUCCUGGAGGGUCCGUUACAUGGUGGCUGACAAGUUCUCUGAGCUUCAAAAAGCAGUGGGUCCAGAAAUCACAAAGAAUGACCUGGUCCCAGCCUUCCAGAACCUUCUUAAGGAUUGCGAGGCUGAGGUCCGUGCCGCUGCAGCGAACAAAGUCAAAGAAUUCUGUGAGAACCUCCCGGAGGACAAUCGUGAGCAGAUCAUCAUGACUCAUAUCCUACCCUGCGUCAAGGAACUGGUUUCGGACACCAACCAACAUGUGAAGUCAGCACUGGCCUUGGUCAUUAUGGGCCUUUCUGCCAUCUUGGGCAAGGAUAACACAAUAGAGCAUUUACUGCCUCUCUUCCUGGCGCAGCUCAAGGACGAGUGCCCCGAGGUGCGUCUCAACAUCAUCUCCAACCUGGACUGUGUCAACGAGGUGAUCGGCAUCCGUCAGCUGUCCCAGUCGCUCCUGCCGGCCAUUGUGGAGCUGGCCGAGGACGCCAAGUGGAGGGUCCGCUUGGCCAUUAUAGAGUACAUGCCCCUGUUGGCCGGUCAACUGGGAGUGGAAUUCUUCGACGAGAAGCUGAAUACUCUUUGUAUGGCUUGGCUUAUUGAUCAUGUGUACGCCAUCCGCGAGGCUGCCACCUGUAACCUGAUGAAGCUCGUGGAGAGGUUUGGAGCAGAGUGGGCGCAGAACACCAUUGUGCCCAAAGUUUUGGGCAUGGCCAACGACCCCAAUUACCUCCACAGGAUGACCACUCUUUUCUGCAUCAAUGCCCUGUCUGAUGCAUGCGGUCAGGAAAUCACCACCAAGCAGAUGCUCCCCGUGGUCCUCAAGAUGUCCAACGACCAGGUGGCCAACGUGCGCUUCAACGUGGCCAAAUCUCUGCAGAAGAUCGGCCCCAUCCUGGACGAAGGCACGCUGCAGGGUGAAGUGAAGCCAGUGCUGGAAAAGCUGGCCACUGAUACCGACAUGGACGUCAAGUACUUUGCGCAGGAAGCCAUCAGUGCUCUUUGGCAUAAGUGAAGUCUCGACUCAACCGUUUUUCAAGAUAUUUAUUGAUGUUCAAGAUCAAUGGCUAACUGUAUAGACCAAUCUGAUAAGUAAGAUUUUUCCUCCUGUCCCGCCAUCCUUCAAGCCCGUCACUGUAAAUGGAUGCUUCACAGUCAAGUGCUGCAUGCUGACUAAUAGUCACCAGCUAGCUACCGACCCCAUCUCACAUUCCUCUUUUACUUGAUUGUUUUAGCAACAUCAAAAUGUGAUAUUCUAACUACUACUACUACUACAAGUGGUUCAGACGUGACAUCUUCAUAGACUGAUAAGGACCAGCUUUCUUGUCAUGUUGCUGUCUGUCCUUACAAGACAGGAGAAAGUAGUGGAUUUGUGCCAAUCAAAGAAGUCAACAGUUUUUUUUUUUUUUUUGUUUUGUUUUUUUUGGUUUUUUUUUCGGUACACCAGACAAGAGCAUUUGAUCUGGCCUGCUGUGCUGUUCUAGAAACGAGUCGCUCCUGAAAUGUGGGCCCUCAAAGGACUGUAUGGAAGCAAAAUGGUUCCCCCACCCUUGCUUUAUAUAUACUUUACACAAUACAUGUGAGAUGGUUGAACACAUUCAUGCACUCUAGCAGUUAGCUGUUGUUGGUUAAAGUUAUGUUACUGCAACACACAUUGACUCAAAUCCACCUCGCACUGAAUACAAUUUCACGGCUCAAUGAAGAUCAAAAAGCUCUUGACAAGAAAAAUUGACACAGAAAUCAGUUUGUCUCUCUAGUUGUCAAAAUAGAAGUACAAUAACAAGAGGAGCAACCAGGAAACAAACAUGGACUUGAAAGAAUUCAGAUUUGAUUGAAGUCCUUGAAAAUUGCUCCAUCAGUAUGAUUCCUCCAAGGUUAUUUGGCAAAGUUGUGUUUUAAUGGUGUUGUUGUCGUUGGGGGUGGGGGGUGGACAAGACUCGUAUGGACGAGAAAGUUGUUGUUCAACAUUGUUGAUGACCAGUGUGCUUUUAUUGUUCUUUUCAGUGCUUCACACAUUUGAUGCCGUUCUACUGUAUCUUCAUCUGAAUAAAGUAACAGAGAACA